AUGUCCGACAACACGCAAAAAGCAACAUUGGCCGCGGGCUGCUUCUGGGGAGUUGAGCAUCUCUUCCGCAAGCACUUUGGCAAUGGAAAGGGCCUACUCGAAGCUAAAGUAGGCUACUGUGGUGGAUCGACGUCUUCCCCAUCGUAUCGGGCUGUGUGCACUGGAACUACUGGUCACGCUGAAGCUGUUCAAUUAACCUUUGAUCCCUCGGUCGUCAGCUACAGCUCCCUGUUGGAAUUCUUCUACCGCAUGCAUGAUCCCACGACCAAGGACCGCCAGGGCCCUGACGUCGGCACACAGUACCGCAGUGCGAUCUUCACGCAUGGCGAGGAGCAGCACAAGAUCGCGGAGGAAAUCACGGAUAAAGUUUCCAAGCAGUGGUACAAGCAGCCUGUCUCAACGCAGAUUAUACCUGCAGGCCAGUGGUGGGAUGCCGAGGAGUACCACCAGCUUUACCUAACCAAGAACCCGUCCGGCUACGAAUGUCCUGCUCACUUUGUGAGAGACUUCCCUCCCCUUUCUUGA